CAGUUGACCUUUCUCACCGGAGAGAGUGGUCGGCGGCGGCGGCGGCGCCGAUGGAUCCGGUGGAGGCGGAGGCGGAGGAGCAGCCGCCGGACGAGGAGGAGGAGGAGGAGGGGUACGUCGAGACCGACCCCGCCGGCCGCUUCAUCCGGUAUGAUGAGAUCGUGGGGACAGGGGCCGUCAAAACAGUUUAUAAAGCCUUUGAUAAGCUGGAGGGUGUUGAGGUAGCAUGGAGCCAAUCCCGGAUUGAUGACUCUGUUAUGGGGUCCUCUAAGAAGAUGGAGCAGCUGAACAGAGAGAUUCAACUAUUGAAGACACUCAAGCACAAAAACAUUGAGAAAAUGUUUGCUUCAUGGGUUGAUGAGGAGAAGAAGACCGUAAACAUCAUCACAGAGUUGUUUACAUCUGGUAGCCUGAGACAGUACCGUAGGAAGCACAAGAAAGUGAACAUCAAGGCUAUGAAACGAUGGGCAAUACAGAUAUUAACAGGGCUAGAAUAUCUGCACUGUCAGAAGCCAGCAAUUAUACAUAGGGAUUUAAAGUGUGAUAACAUAUUCAUAAAUGGAAAUCAUGGAAAAGUGAAGAUUGGUGAUUUUGGCUUGGCAACAUUCAUGCAGCAACAGAAAAAAAGUAUAAAAGGCACCUUAGAAUUUAUGGCACCUGAGCUCUUAACUGGACAUUACAAUCAGUUGGUUGAUAUAUAUUCGUUUGGGAUGUGCAUGCUUGAAAUGGUGACAUGUGAAUACCCGUACAGUGAAUGUCAAGGCAUGGCCCAUAUAUUCAAAAAGGUUGUUGAGGGUAAGAAACCAGAUGCUUUCUACAAAAUUAAAGAUGCAGAAGUAAGAUCUUUCAUAGAGAGCUGUUUAGCUCCAGUAGAGAAAAGAAUGUCUGCGACAGAACUGCUGAAUGGCUCUUUCCUCCAGAAUGAUGUCCCUAUCUCAGUAUCUCUGGUCAAGAAUAUGUCUGAAGAUGGACAUGAAUCUGUCAGUUUCAUGCUUUGGAAGGGCCAGUUUCUGCUCAAAGGAAACGUUGAUGUAGCCAGCCAUGUUGAUUUAUGGCUAAGAUUUCCUGAUCCCAGCGGUUUUUUCAAGAAUGUUGAGUUUCCAUUUGAUGUGACUGAAGAUACCAGUCUUUCUGUGGCUGUGGAAAUGGUCGAGCAAUUUGGACUGACAGAAGAGAGCAGGCUAAUCAUCGCGCAGCUGAUUGAUGCAUUCAUGGUCAUCCUGAUUCCUGAAUGGGCACCGUGUGUCACCAUUGGUCACGUGGUUUCUGAGGGCGCAAACAGCAACAUCAAUGAAUCCAUGAACUGUGGACAGUUCCGAAGUGCUGACCCGGAGUGAUUCUGCUUCCCCCAACCGCUGCUACCUUCCAAUAGUCAUAGUUCUCUAUUUAUGUAUCCUUUGCCUUUCCUUUUGAGAUGGAGUGGACCUUAUGCUUCAGCCUCUUGUGUGCACUCAUAUUACAAUGCCUACAGGAUGUGCUGCUGAGCAUGGGGUUCUUCCUAUGGUGUGAUGAUGACGAAAGUUAGGCCUAGUUGGGCUUAUUUAGUUUUAGUUUAAUUUAGUUGCUAGGAGGCAGCGGAAAAAUGAGAGUAAUCAGUUAAAAAUGUUACUUUUUCAUCUUCAAAUACAUUGCUUGAUUAGUUGUGGCAUAUGUCUGAUCAUAAUUCAAA